AUGGUGUCUAAUGCUGAUGAAACUUUUGUGGCGCCUAGGUUGAUUCGGGUAGCUGGCGGGGGAGAUGAUGAUGUGCACGGGAGUGGGUCUGGUGCGGGCCCUGCUAAUGGGAACUCAGUUUCUGGGAGUAACACAGGUAGUCGAGGGUCUACACCUACAUAUAGAGUGGCACAGGCUUGUGAUCGUUGCCGGUUGAAGAAGACCAAGUGUGAUGGGAAGAUACCGCAGUGUUCGCAGUGCGCGCUGGUCGGGUUUGAGUGUAAGAUUAGCGAUAGGCUCAAUAGAAAAUCCUUCCCAAGGGGAUAUACUGAGACACUAGAGGAGCGUGUUCGGGAGCUGGAAACUGAAAACAAGCGUUUAAUGGCCUUGUGCAACUCUGACCUGGGAAGCAACACGAGAAGUGAUGGUUUAGAGAAGCAAUCGCCCUCAAAAAGGAAGAGAUCACCAUCUAUGGAACGAGAUAGUGAGCGCGGAUUCACUGAAAACAUGGAAUUACAAUUGCAGCAGAGCUGCUCUAGCUGCGGAAACUCAGACCCUAAUCAUAGAUGUGUUCAUCUGAAGCCUGUUGUUUCGAACAUCAUUGUGGAUUCAAACACCGAUGUGUCUUUUGAACAAAAUGUAGCACCAGGACUGCCAGCAGUAAAAGCAUUAAAUUCCAUGGCUGAGAGAGAGGAAAGUGCACAGUUGGCUAUGUUAGUAUCAUUAGCCCUGCCUAGAUCGACAGAGGAAAUUCUAUUCAUACCACAAUUAAUGGCUAAUAUACAAAAGACCUUCGGAUUUUCAUCGAAGCAGUCAUUAUAUACUGUAUCAUUGCUGUCAUCAUUGAAGAAGAAUCUGCCAACACCUAAUAGUAAUUCAUCGGACGAGAAUCUAUCACCUAACUAUUAUGUUUCAGAGGAUUUUCGCCCAUUCUUUUAUGAGGUUUUGAAGUUUGAUAUACUUGGAGAAACAGAAACUGAAAAUGGGUCAAAUAGAAACGAAUCUCCUGAUAGUACUAUACCUAAUAGUAGAAGUGAUGAUUUAUUGUCAUGGAUGGAAAUACAACGUCUAGUUGAUGUGUACUUUGAAUGUUGGUCAAAUACGAUACCGAUAUUCAGUAGAAAAUUAUUCAUAAAGCAGAUGAAGGCUUUUAAGACAGAAGUUGACAAAUUUGGUGAUAGACUCUUUGAAGUCUACAAAACCGAACAAAUAAAGAUUAAUUUUCUAAAAAUUUUUGCUACAGUCUUGGCCGUUAUGUGCCAAAUGGCUUUGCUGUCUAGGUUGAAACAAUUGGAAGCUACGACGCAAGAAUUGGAGUGCAAAAGAACUCAAAACCUAAUAGCGCAUUAUAACCAGCUUAUAGAAAAAAUCCAUUUAGACUCUUUCUUCCAGGAUAUGUCGACCACAACUGUGCAAAGUCUUCAGCUGCUGUCGUUUAUUUCGUUUUACUUCUUGAAUGUUGGUGACAUUCCGCGGUUGUAUCAGUUAAGAGGAACAGUAAUAUCUAUGGCUCAACAAUUGAGAUUACAUAGAUGUCCAAGUGCUGUGUUGCUUUCAGCAUCGGGGUCGACAAUGCAAAAGUUUGAACAAGGUGAAAGGAGAUUAUUAUUCUGGGCAAUAUACUAUUUAGAUGUAUUUUACUCCCUACAGUUGGGUGUACCGCGGCUAAUUAAAGAUCACGAAAUUGAAUGUGCCUUACCCGUCUCUGAAGAAGAAGAUAGUCAGCUAGAAGGUCGAGUUUCUGACUUUUCUCUAGCGGUUAUCAGAUAUGCCAAGGUCUUGGGUAAUAUUCUAGAUUCUAUAUUCAAGAGAAAUAUGAUGUCCGAAGCGGCAACUGAAAGUAUGGCCUUUGUUCAUGAGAAGGCGCUUGAUAUUUGGAAAAAUCGUCUGCCUGAAAAGUAUGGUUUCCGGUUAGAGGCAAAUGGGCUUUUCAACUUUGAUGAAUUGACUGUUGUUAAGAAUUCCGAAAAGGAUUUGAUCGAGAAGUCGUCAAUAUUAUUAUUUUAUUUCUUGGCGAAGUGUAUGAUUCAUUUGCCUGUAAUCGCAACAAGGUCGGCCUCAUUAGAGCAGCAACUUCAACCAGGGACGUCUUCUGACACAUCUGAAACUCCAAAAGAAAGUCAAAAUAAGACACCAACGAGAGUUUGUCCAUCUUAUAUUCUAAUGCAAAAAGCAGCCAGUACCAUGCUUCAGGUAAUGCAUUAUACUUCAGAAUACUAUUUGCCUUCACCGAUCAAUAUCUCUAGGACAAAGGCCAGGUUUGCAUUGUUGACUGCCUGUAGCGCUGUAGAAUAUCUGAAGGGUGGUUCGUUAUAUGUGGAAACAAAAAACCUCCUUGAGAACCUAAUAAUUAAGCUGGAGCUUGAGAGGAAGCUGGAUUUACCAGGAAUAAUAUCUUGGCAUAGUUUGAAAUUAUUAGAUAUGGCUUUGAUGUUACUGCUACAAUCUCCGACAACUAAGAUGGAAAAACUAGACAAACUAGUCCAAAAGAAAAUUAACCAUUAUAAUAGGCAAAUGGGUAUUCCAGCUAUGAAGCUCUCCAACAGCAGGAAGAAUAAUAAAAAAAUCAAAUUAGAAAAUGAGUCUAGCCAGCUUUCCAGCACUAGUAACCCCAUAGCAAAGGGAGAAUUAAAGAGUGAUUCAGUUGUUUGUGAAGAAGAUGAUAAUGUGAAUGAUAAUGAAGUUACAACUACUGCUAAGCUAGAAGAAAAUAAUGAAUUUAUAAACCCCAAUAAAAUUGAACAAGGAGUUACUUCUAACACACUUGCCUUUUCAUUUAGUAGUACUGAUUUAUCGGCUUUAUUUAAUGCACCAGAAAGCUUGUUUAAAGUACCCAAUGAGAAUACUCAGUAUAAUCAACAGCAUGAGAUGCAUAAUAAUAGUAUUUCUAGUUCCCAUUCAAAAGAGCCUGUAAAUAAGGAAAGGGAUAGUGAUAAACAGGAACUAAACGCCAUUUUCAAUGAGACUCAAAAUAGAAGUACAAGUUUUGCUAAACUAAUGCUACUCCUCAAUAAUGAGCAUAAAUCACUUUCAUCAUCUCUUGAGAAUGACGUUAGAAAUGUAGGCAACAAACUUUCAAGUGAGAAUGCUGGGCAGUUACCAUCACAUGGUGCCACUUCGGGCUUAAAUUCGAAAGGUAAUGAAUUUUUGUCAAUGAAUACACUUUAUGGAGGAGAUAAUGAUUUCAUUAUUGAUGCGUCUCUUGGUUUGGCACCUUUGCUAUCUGAAAAUAAUGAAAUUCAUAGACAGCAUGAAGGAACCCAAGUUCAAGCUGGAAAUAAUGAUAUAUUAUCUACAAGGAUAGGUUUUAAUGGUAAGGAUGAUUAUUCGAAUUCUCGAAGCUUCACAAAUGAAAUGUUUGGUGGUUCGGACACUAAGCGAACAAGAUCUGAUACAACUGCUCUCUUGACCGCAAAUUCAGAAUUGACGCAUGACUCACAGGAUGGUAAUGUCAAUUUUGGGUCAACAAAUUCAGAAUUACAUGAGAGGUUGAAUAAUAAUCACUUUGAUGCCGCAACUUCAUAUCUUCCUGAACAGAAGAGUGAAUAUGGAUCCUCAUUCGGCAAUAAAAAUACUGUAAAGAGUUUGAGCCCUAGUACUAGCUUUCUAGAUGACGAUACAUUGAGUUUAUCCUUUGGGGAUUACAGUACUCAAAGGAGGCCAAGAAGAUACCCUAAUUAUAACAAUACACUAGGGAAGGAUUCAUUGGCCAUGAAAACUGAAAUUAAUGGCGGUAGAAAUCAAGGAAAUCUGCAUGAUUUGUUCCAGUGGCAAAAUUCGAAAUAG